UCUCAGGACGACCCCUCCCACCGACACAUGCAACCCGACCUGCAGGUGAACAGUUCGACAGCAGCCUCCGUUUCCUCCUCUCACUCCGGGAGGAUCUCUACGGUCGAAAACAAAGAGGAAGAACUCCGAAAAGAGCGGUUUAAGUUACCUUUAGGAUAUUUGGAUGAAAAUACGGGACUCGGUCCUGUAUUCCGUCUGGAUAUGAAGCUAAAGGCAGACGAGCUGCUGGUUUGAAGAGGCAGCUGUGGGGGCGUCAAGGUUUGUAAACCUGACAUGUGUCCACCCAGUGAGACGGUAACCUGAGAUCCCAUCCUGAGGGAACACCAGGAUGCAUCCCGCUGUGUCACACCUCCCGUGCAGGACUGAUGCUGGAGGGGGCCGUUGGAGCCCUGCCUCGGCAGCCUUUCUGCUCUCUCUGUGUCUUGGCUUCCUGUCCUCUGUGGCCGCUUGCCCACUGUACUGCCUUUGUACCAGUGAUAUUAUAUCCUGCAGCGGACGCAAUCUGUCUGUGUCCAACUUUGACCUCCCGAGCUACGCCACACGGCUAGACCUAAGCCACAAUGCCAUCACUAACCUGCCUCUUGACUGGAUUUCCCAACCGUUUGACCGACUCACUACCCUGAUUCUUAGCAGGAACUCUAUAAGCCAAAUUGCGGCAAAUGCCUUUGUGGUAACGCCGCACCUCCUCCAGCUAGACCUUUCUUCUAACGAGCUAACAGUCCUGAACUCGUCCAUCUUCACUGGGCUGAAGGAACUAAGAGAACUACUUCUGUUUGGGAACCAGAUUGCCCAGAUUAACCCAGGGACCUUUAGUGAUCUUCAAAGCCUGAAGAGGCUCUAUCUCUCUGGGAACAGGCUGGUGGAUUUCCCCUUUGGGCUUUACUCAGAACCUGGGGGACCUCGUAACCUGACUUUUCUCGAUCUUUCCAACAACAGGCUCUCCAAGGUUUCCGUCCAGAGCCUUCUGUCAAUCAGCCGGCAAAGUGGAAUUUAUCUACAGGAAAACCCUUUAGUCUGUGAUUGCAUGUUACUCGCCUUAAUUGAGUACUGGAUGUGGAAACAGUACCGCCCCCUGGUGGACUUCAGACUUGAAUUCCCAUGUAUUGAUGAUUUAGGACCAGGGUCCAAAUGUAGUCCACAGGUAGCAUCAGAAUUGCCUCAUGAGGCAAAGACUUUCCAAUUAGAGCCUGGAAAAUGGAUACAAGUGCCGUGUCCAGGGUUGGCUUUGCCAAUCCAGGAAGGGUUGGUCAUGUUCUGGGUUACCCCAAGGACUGUGGUGAAUUCAUCAACCAAUGACCCAAAUGCUCACUUUAGAGUUUUUCCCAAUGGUAGUCUUGAAAUACGAGGCGCAUUGAUGGAAGAUUCUGGUACUUUUGGGUGUGUUGCAGGGCGUGGGCGCAACUAUUUACCCAUCGAGUAUCCAGAAGUCAUUUUGGUGGUCGGUAACUCAAGCAAUACCCCUGACUUGACACCUCGCAGUGGUGCAGAGCACUUCAACACAGCAUUCACCACCCUGGCUUCCUGUGUCAUCAGCAUCGUACUUGUGCUGCUCUACCUCUACCUCACUCCCUGUCGAUGCAGGGAUUCUCGUGGGGGGUCGAGAGGGUGCGGCGGACGAGCCAUCAUCCUUUGUUCAGACCCCAGAGAGGUAGAGUCAGUUGAACGGCGAGCGAACGGAAAGAGGGUGGCAUUCUUAGAGCCUCAAGUGGAGGACUUGACUGAUAUAGGAAGCCCAAAACUACCAGCUUUAAACUUGGGUCAUGUUACCACUGAGGGGAUUCUCAAGAAUGGAAGUAGGACAGUGGGACAGACCCUCACAGACCCGGCUCAAAUGGCAUAGGGGGGAUAUUUUUGCACAUUCCAGCAGUCAGAACCCAAGUAUUUUUUCACUGUCUCCUUUUUUCAGUUCAUGAUGAGAAAAUCCAUUCAAUGUGAAGUAAUUCUUGUGAAGUAGCUUGUUCUCUACAGGGUGGGUGUUUGGGUGUUUUAUGCAGAAAAUGCCAUCCUUUAGUAGGCUGAAUUUCAAUUAUGUCUCAACUGUGAGUGGUGUCUGUUUUUUAUAUUAACACUUCAUAUGGAAAUGUCCCUGUUAAUGUGGGAAAUUGUUACAGCAGAGAUCACAAGGAUCAUAUACAUGUGGGUGGUGUUUUGAAUUAGGCUGGGAGGAAUAUCUACACCUGAUUUGAUGGACUGCUGGGGGCAUUGAUGGUUAUUAUACAGUAUGUAGAUUGUGAAUACUGCCAUCAAAAUGACCCUUGUUAUUUUUAACCAUCUGUCUCAAUACUCUGUUGCAUUUAUUUUUCAAAAUAUGUCUGUUGUUUAUGUGAAAUAAUGUGAACUUUGCAGGUCAAAUUGUCUGC